GUUGGUAAUGUGUCAAGAUGUUCAUACCCAUGCGAAGCGCCAUCUCUGCAGAGUCCCGGAAAAAGGGAACUUAUUUCUGGAUGGAUGGGAGUCUGGCCCAUCUUUAUGCUGGUUUUCUGCCAACUCAUGGUUGCUGUCGGAUUCAUAAUACGAGUAUCCGUAGGACAUGAACAGGUUGCCUGCGACUCCUACAAAAUUAAGGGAAUCGAUGAGGGAAAUGGAAGCUUAUGCUUUGUGGUUUUCCUACUUACCUACUUCUUUGGUAUGGCAGCUAGUGUAUGGUGGAUUAUCCUUUCGCUGUCCUGGGUCUUAGCGGCAGCUUCGAAAUGGUCCAGUGAAGCCAUCUCCAGCUACUCAGCACAUUUUCAUGCAGUCGGUUGGCUGCUCCCUGCUGCUCAGACCAUUGUUGUUUUGGUGUUCAACGCUAUUGAUGGAGAUCCAGUUACCGGAAUGUGCUACGUCGGAAAUACAGAUGUAAAUCACUUAAGGAUGUUUGUAUUGGGUAAGAAUUGCUAA